GAAACAGAACUCGGGCGCGCCGACGUUCCUGCUUAAAGGCGCCCGAGGCUGCCUCGCUGGUCAUGGCAGUCGCGGCGGCUUCUACCUUCAGGGUCCUCCUCAGAGUAGCGGGGGAAGACAAUGUGGGCAGGGCGGCGGCGGCGGCAGCAGCAGCUGCACUCCCUGUUCCUGACCUCUCCGCCGGGCUUGCUUUUUGCAGCCUCAGCGGUGGCUUAAAAGCAAAGCCUUAUUGCACGCUGGCUCCGCAGCAGCAGCCCUCCGCUCCGCCUCCGGAUAUGAAAAGCUACCUGUGGAAAAACUACAACGAGGCCAAAAGAGUCACGAAAGAUUUAGUCCCUUCAAUCAUGAGUAAUUUGUUGAAUCCGGAUGCUAUCUUUUCCAACAAUGAAAUGAGUCUCUCAGACAUAGAAAUCUACGGCUUUGAUUAUGACUACACUUUGGUCUUCUAUUCCAAGCAUUUGCACACAUUGAUCUUUAACGCUGCCCGGGACCUUUUGAUCAAUGAACAUCGGUAUCCCGCAGAAAUCCGAAAGUAUGACUAUGAUCCGAAUUUUGCAAUAAGAGGGCUUCAUUAUGAUGUGCAUCGGGCAUUAUUGAUGAAGAUUGAUGCUUUUCAUUACAUUCAGCUGGGAACUGUAUAUAGAGGAUUGAGUGUUGUGCCAGAUGAAGAAGUCAUUGCUAUGUAUGAUGGGUCCCAUGUGCCCCUGGAACAAAUGAGCGACUUCUAUGGAAAGAGUUCACAAGGUCACACUAUGAAACAGUUCAUGGAUAUCUUUUCCUUGCCCGAGAUGACUCUCCUGUCUUGUGUGAAUGAGUAUUUUCUGAAGAACAACAUUGACUAUGAGCCGGUUCAUCUCUACAAAGAUGUGAAGGAUUCAAUCAGAGAUGUACACAUCAAAGGGAUAAUGUACCGUGCAAUUGAAGCAGAUAUUGAGAAAUACAUUUGUUAUGCUGAGCAGACACGUGCUGUGUUAGCAAAGCUGGCAGCUCACGGAAAGAAGAUGUUCCUGAUCACAAAUAGUCCUAGCAGCUUUGUGGACAGAGGCAUGAAGUACAUAGUUGGAAAAGAUUGGAGAGAUCUCUUUGAUGUAGUCAUUGUCCAGGCGGAGAAACCAAAUUUUUUCAAUGAUAAGAGAAGACCUUUCCGUAAAGUGAAUGAAAGGGGUGUUUUACUUUGGGACAAAAUUCAUGAAUUGCAGAAAGGCCAGAUUUACAAGCAGGGUAACUUGUAUGAAUUUCUGAAACUGACUGGUUGGCGAGGUUCCAAAGUCUUGUAUUUUGGUGAUCAUAUUUACAGUGAUCUAGCUGAUUUGACCUUAAAACACGGCUGGCGAACAGGGGCAAUUAUUCCAGAAUUACGAAGAGAGAUUAAGAUCAUGAAUACAGAGCGAUACAUUCAGACUAUGACAUGGCUACAAACCCUCACCGGAUUACUGGAACACAUGCAGAUUCACAAGAAUCCUGACUGUCAGAUGAUACUACACGAGUGGAAAAAGGAAAGAAAGGAAAUGCGAGAAAUGACCAGGAAUUUCUUCAACUCUCAGUUUGGAAGCUUAUUCAGGACAGACCAAAACCCCACCUAUUUCUUAAGGCGCUUGUCUCGCUUUGCUGAUAUUUACAUGGCAUCGCUGAGUUGCCUGUUGAACUAUGACCAUGAUUACACAUUCUAUCCGCGAAGGACUCCUUUGCAGCAUGAACUCCCAAUGUGGUCUGACCAGCUGUGCACUGGUACGUUCAGAAUACCAUUUCUGCAAGAGAUGAUUCAAAUCAAAUAAACCCCUCUCCCAUUUUUUUGUAAUGUAAUGGUUACCAUAUUACUGUCUCGGUAAAGAAUAUUUAUUGUAGGAGCAGUUUUCUCUAUGGUAAUUGGCUCUUGCUGUACAUGCUAUAGUGCAAAUGUAUCUACAGGUAGUCCUCAACCUAUAACCAUGAUUGGGACCGGAAUUUCCAUUAUAAAUCAUUGCGGUUGUAAGUCACGUCACCAUGUGAACGGACCCGAUUUUAUGAACAUUUUUUUCUGAUGGUUGUUAAGUGAAUCACUGUGGUCAUUAAGCAAAUCCAACUUCCCCAAUGAGCAUUUUUUGCCAGAAAAUGGCAAAAAACAUUGCAAAACACAAUCACGUGAUCCCUGGACACUGCGACCGGUCAUAAAUGCAAGCUGGUUGCCAAGCACCCAAAAUGUGACCAUGUGACUUCAGGGUGGUGGUGCAAUGUUUUGCAAUGCUCAGAAGUGCUUUACAGGCCAUAAAACACCCAUUCCAAGGCUGUCGUAACUUUGGACUGUCAUUAAAUGAACGGUCGUAAGUUGAGGACUAGCUGUAUUUAGCUGCUCUCUUAUUUUUUCUAGUUGAUGAAACUAUGGUUGCACUAAGAACUGAUUCCUCCAGUUGAAUAUUUGCUGGGAUGGAAAAUUAUUUGCACAUAAAUGUACAUAUAGCUUUCAAUAUCUGUAAUAUUCAUCUUAUGUACCCUAACCAGAUGGUCAUUGUUUAGAAUUUGGGCAUGAUUUAAAUCCCCAUUCAGAUUAGCUAAAAGCAUAGCUACUGUUCUACUUUAUGGGGAAUGUAAAAUCUCUACAAGCUUUCAAACCCAUGCAGGGCUGGGUAACUUCACAUUUGCUAUUUUUUUAAUCAGAUAAUUGGAAGAUAGUUUUUAGUGGAUGGCAGACUUAAAUCCAUGCAGGGCUCACCCAAUUUUUUCACAGACUGCUUGUGUUUUCCUCAGACAGCCAGGAAAAGCUUCAAGUAGAAAACCAGAUUGCACUGCUUGCACUGAGCUGAUCUGAGUUUUUGUCAUACAGAUUUCCAGCCAGUGAAAAUUGACAGAAUAGUGACAAAAAGUUGGCUGUAGAAACACUACAAAAGCAUCACAAAUGUAGAAACAGAAAAAUGCAUCUAAAGUGUGUUCAAAGUGAACAUUUUUAUAAUAUGUAACAGAUCUGUAUGAAGAAUUAAUGGAAGAUAUGGACAUAGAGUAAAGCCUUAUAGCACUGGACACUUUAGUAGAAUGUCAUCAUGUACUUUGUCUCAGACAUGUAUUUUACAUACUGAGGCUGCAAUCCUACGCUCACUUUCCUGGGAAUAAGUUUCAUUGAACGCAAUAAUAUUUUAGGAGAUGUCUAAUAGUGUUAUUGGCUUGUCUUCAUGGUAAGAGCGAAACAGUCACAAUUUUAAAGUUCUCUUCCAGGAUGAUAAAAAAAAGAAAGCUUUUCUUUCAUUUUUUAUUCUUAUUUUAUUCUUAUUAUGGAAGUGAGGCUAUGAAUUUAAAGGGCAAAUAGGCUAAAUGUUCAUGGGUUUCAAGUCAGUUCUAAAUGUGCUUACUGAGCAGUAAGUCCCACUGCUUUUAACAGGACUUCAACUGGUAUCUAUUAUAUUCAUUUCUUUGGUUCAAUGGUCAAACAAAUUAUGUAUUAACUUACUGUAAAUACUUAAGCACAUUACGUAUUAAUGUGCUCUUGAGCACAUCAAUAAAACCUUAAAUAGCAACACUAUUUCUAUGCUGAUAAUGGAACAGUAAUAUAGCAAGAACUUUGACUUAAUAGUCCCCUUGCUAGUAAGCUGCUUCAACUAAUGGAACAACACAAACUUUUUUUAAAAGCUGUUUUGAUAGCCCAUAAAAAUCUAAAUGUUAGAAGUUGGUAGUUAAUAUGCCAGUUUAAAUCUAAACAGUAAAGUGGUAUAGUAACUGUUGUCUGGUUACUAAAGAAAUUAUUCAAUCCUAAAACGGUUUAAUUUGCAAUUCCAGUUGUUUCUAAACAUGCUGGAAGUUUCUAAAAUGCUUAAAGGAGUAGAGUACAAUUUUCAUGGGCAUUGCAGUUCAUCUAUUUUGAUCACCUUGAAAUACUACAUUCCUUAAAAUAUUUACAAAAACUUCAUGUAUUUUAUGAAGAUAGAUAAUGUGAUAGAAAAUAUAGCCAGAACUUAUUCUUACAUUUAUUUUUAGGAAAUAAUUUGGCUCCCCAAAUGCCGCUUAGGUAAAUAUUAUGUGUUACUAAAGUUUCUAAAAAGCAUUUCUAUAUAAGAAUUUGCAACUGCAUGGAUAGUAUACUUUUACAUUCUGUGUUGUGUAAUUUAAGAACAAUUAGCUUUUGGUCCCAAAUACAUUUCUUGAAACAGACUUUCAAGAUGGGUGAACAUACCUCCUGAUUCUCCCUUUGCUUUGAAAACUAUGGUUUUGGAGCUAAAUCCCUAAACAAUUAACCCUUAAGAGAAGAACUGGUCUUAACUGCAUUUCUGCUACAAUUGCAGCUCUUGUGCCCACCUGUUUGGUGGUCAUGUCAUAAGGGUCUACUGUACUGCAGUACUAAGCCAAAUUUGCAGAAGGUGCUGAUAUUGUGAAAGAUGAAUGAAUCCACACUUAGUGUGAGGAUUCAUUUUUUUAAUAGGUUUUUCAUAGAGAUUCAACCAUCCAAACCAUACUCCCCCAAAGCUCCAUUUUCACAUGGAAGAUUUUCAUGGAUUGUCCCCACCUUCUUGAUACCUUCUGUUAAAUUCCCUGAUUAUUUUGUUUAUGGAGGCACUUGGGCUCAUCAUACAGUGCUGCUGCAGCGUUGCGCAAUGUAGACAUAGAAAUAUAUUGAUGUUGAAUGCAUGAUUUUGAUUGACUUAUCUUAAGGCCCUUUGUUGCAGAGAAUACUAACAGGCUGAAUCAUUACCCAAACAGCAUCAAUAUAGUUUGCCUUCUUAUUUUGUUGCCUAACUGUUUCAACUAAAAAUAGAAAGCUAAAUGGAAAAUCCAAAGGACAGAAUUAUGUGGCACAGACUGGUAGUUCAUAGGUUGACAUUAUUUGAACAGCAUGUAUCAGUCCUCCUGGCUCUUCUGGAUGAUAUUUGUUCACAAUAUUAAAAGUCAAAUUAACAUACAUUUUGAAAAUCAGGCAUAGUGUAAAAUCUUCUGGAGCUUAGCUGUUCUUACUAGCAUAUGCUAUCAAGUCCUGUGAACCUAGUAAUUGUGAGCGUUUCUGCUCAACACACUAACCAUUCUGAGAUCUGCUUUGAAAAAGGGUGGUUUUACUGCAGAAUAAAACUUUAUUUCUUUGUAUGAAGUACAUUCUUUGGUCCUAACUGCUGCUAUGGUUUUUUUAUGACAUAUAUUGUAAAAAUGUUGUGCAUGAAAAGUGACUAUGGAGAGCCUUGCAUUUGCAGCUACAAAAUAUUUUAAGAGAAUGUUAUGAAUAUUAAUUUCAAUAUUGGUGUCCUUAUUCUGAUGUAAUUUUGAACUUUUGAAGUUUAAAUUCUAAAACUUCUCACUUGCAAUUACCUUGCUUAUUGUGGACUUUUGUCAGUAUGCUUUAUCUGAAUACCAAAAGCAAGACAAGUUCAUUUCUCAAGACUUUGAAGACAACAAGGAAAACAACUGAUCCUUAAGCUGGAACGUCUUAUUGGAAAAAUAUUUUCAUACAUACAAAAAUACCUUUCUAAUAAUACAGCAUUGUUAACUUAAAAACCAAUAAAUAUUUUACUAGAGACA